AUGUGCUACGUUGAGAAAUCUCAUAAAAGCGAGGCCGCUGCAUCCUCUCCUGCUGGCCCCGUUUUGCGCUCCCACUCAGCUGCCACAGCCGAGAGAAAGCGACAGGAGGAAAAACGCCGUCUGCAUCCGCAGCAUUUGGGGUUGGGCGAGGAAACACAUGGAUUGAAUAGAAAAGGGCAUGGGAGAAGGGUAACGGGGGCUGGAUAUGGAAGGAGUCCAGGGGGAAGAGGGGAGGAGGUGGACCAGGACAGAGGAGUGGAGCCCGGAAAAGAGGAAAAAAGCACCUCCUUCAUGGUACAAGGCAAGUUUUAUUUCCCCGCGACGCGGCCCUUUCUUCUCUCCUCUUCGUCCCAGGAGACCGACGCCUUCGACGAGGAUAUCCGCUCCACUGGGACGCCUUCCUACCUUUUGUGCCUCUUCCCUUACGUGGACACCUUCAACUGGCUCCUUAACUUUCCCAUGUUCCUGCUGUUGGCGGCCUCCCUUUCUGCACAGUUUCUCCUCACCUGGUACGGCCAUGGGCCCACGUGGAAGGGCGUUCUGUUCGCCUUCUGCCACGCCUACUGGCGGGCCAUCAUGGGGUGGGGACUCCUACACCGCUUCUUUUCACACCAGGUACCCUCCCUCCCUCCCUCGCUCCCUCCCUCCCUCCCUCUCCCUCUUCAUCCUCGGCGUUUGUCCACCUUGCUGAGGCCUGUCGUCUCUGGCCCUCAUACGAUAAUCGAGUCCUCUUCGGCUCAAGACGCUGAGGCGGAGGGACUUGUACCGAUGAACCCUUCGCAUACUGGGAGGCGGCGAACUCGCGCCAGGGGUGGACUGACCUCGUUCUCUUUGGCACGUCUCUUUGGUCCGCAGGGUCUAUGGCUCUUUAUCACCCUGACGUUGAACUUCAAAGGUCAUGACGACGGGAAACCCUCCGAGCCGCCGGCCCCCGACGGGCGCUAUAAGUGCAAUGCCGUUCCCAUCAACCAGUGGUACCUGGCCUAUACGAUCGACCUCCUCGCAGAGCUCGAUCACGUCGACCAUCAUUUAUACCCAAGAAAAGCAAAACGGAGCAGCUACAUGGGCAUGGAUGUCUUCUAUUGGACGUUCCUGUGGCCAGGUGGGAAUAAAAGGAGGGAGGGAGGAGGGCAGGGAGGGAGAGAGAAGCUUGGCAUUUUCUGGGACGUCAGAAGUGACGCAAAAGGGCGGAUGGCCAAAUAGCAUCAGUAGGAAGCGAAGGGAGUGAGAGAGGGAGGGGCGGCGGAGUAGGGAAGAAGGACAAAGAUGUUGCUCCUUCAUCUUCCUUUCCAGUGGAUUCCACAUGCAUUCAUAAUGGGAUAAUUGUAUGUGCUUUUUGAUUCUCUUAUAUUGAUUUAUAAAAUUUGGAGAAAAUUGUGAUGCAUGGCUUAUUUAAAAUGGGAAGAAAGCUGAAAUGAUAAAAGUUGUUGCUUAUUUUCAAGUGCGGGGCGAAGAGGGUAGGUAAGUCAAGACGGAAAAACGCCAAAAGCGUGCGAAAUAAAGUGUCUUGUAGCAUUUAUCUUUAUGUGAAUUGCAUGAACAAUUUUAGAAAAUUAAAUCAAUAUAAGCAAAGUCGUCUCUAGAUAGCGCCGCCUUUGGUCGGCAAAGCAAGCUGCGCACUCAUGCCGAACAGUAUUGCCGGGCAAUGCAGAGCCACGCUCAGACGUUAAAUCAGUGAUUUAAAAGGCAUCUUCUUUCGGGAUUAUAGGGACUUUAAUCAAAGGUGAUGGCGGUGAGAAAUGUUUCAAGAGAGAGGCCGGGAAGAGGUUUCAGAUAAAAUUUUCAGAAUACGAUUUUGACCGAAUGAAGAAGCAAGCAUUGCAAACAGAAUUAGGGCACAGUCCACAUAACUAGCAAAAUGAAAAUCAGUA